CUCCACUGCCUCGCCCACCAUUACUACUUCCUCUCCUUCCUUCUCUUCUUGCCAAGCUCAAGCUGAUCAAGCCAAGAAGCUAGCUAGCUAUGUCGUCUUCGCCGCCGACGAGCGCGAUGGCGGCGGGAACGUCGUCGUCGUCGGGAGGCGGAUCUGGGCCGUUGGUGGUGAGCAACGGCGUGCUGCUCGCCGCGGUCAUCUUCCUGUUCAUGGUCGUCGUCUUCGUCUUCCUCCUCUACCUCUACGCCAAGAGAUACCUCGGCGCGAACCCGCUGCUCGCCCCCGUCUCGCCCUCCUCCCGCUUCCUCUUCCUCGACGCCUCCCCGUUCCCGCGCCGCGGGUUGCCGGCGGCCGCGCUGCGGGCGCUGCCCGUCACGGUCUACGCGAAGCCCGCGGCGGCGCGCGGCGAGGAGGCGCUCGAGUGCGCGGUGUGCUUGUCCGAGGUGGCCGACGGCGAGAAGGUGCGGAUGCUGCCCAAGUGCGACCAUGGAUUCCACGUCGAGUGCAUCGACAUGUGGUUCCAUUCCCACGACACCUGCCCGCUCUGCCGCGCGCCCGUGGGGCCCGACGCCGGCGGCGAGGGGCUGCCGCGCGUGCCGCGGGAGGAGCCGGCUGCCAUGGACUUCCCCAUGUUCCCCACCAACGUCCUCUUCUGGGGCACCGCCCACGACGACGUCGCCAACGCCGGUGACCGCCACCCGUUCCACCCCCCGCCGCCGCCGCCGCCUCUCAUGGCCGCGCCCUCCACGAGCUCCUCGGCGUCCGCGCGCAGGAAGGAGAGCCUCGUCAUCGACAUCCCGUCGCGCUCUGCCGCCGCCGCCGCGGCGGACUCCGUCACGUCGUCCUCCGCCUCGACGCCGCUGCCGGCGAGCAGGAUGGCGGACGACAUGAGGUCGCCGGUGUCGGCGCGGCUGCGGUCGCUGCGCCGCCUCCUCAGCAGGGGCAAGCAGGCCGUGGUCGGACCGUCCUUCAGCCCGCGCGGCGGCGGCGACAUCGAGCAGGGGCUCGCCGGCGCUCCGCCGAAGACGCCCAAGACGCCGCCGCCGGCGAACUGAUCCUUCUCCCCGGAGCUCCGAGAUGCAUUGGCUCGCCUCGCCGAUCACCGGAGCGUACACAUGUGUUCAUUCUUUCUUUCCUACUAUUCUUUUCUGAUAUUUUCUUUUACAUUUCAAAAAAGAAAAAAAAAGAAGAAAUUUUGAUGAGAAACUCUCAUGUAAAAAGAAGAUGACAACAUUACUGUAAGUUGAUUCUUGGUGAUUGGGGGAUAAAAUUGAUGAAUUUGUUCAAUUGUCCA